CUUCCAUUUCUUACUAAAGCGAAAGUGUUUACAAUUGCUGACGCGUCGGAGGCGUUCCACAAGGUAGUUUUAUAUGAACAUACCUCUUUACUUACAACAUUCCAAGGCCCAAAUGGACGCUAUAGAUAUCUGCGCAUGCUAUUUGGAAUCUCAUCUGGUCCGGAAGAAUACCAACGAAGACAGCAAGAAUUUCUGGAGGGCUUGGAGGAUGUCAUCAACAUCGCUGAUGACAUUUGCAUUUUUGGAUGUGGAGAUACAGACGAACAAGCAAGUAAAGAUCACAAUACGAACUUAAUUGCAUUACUGGACCGAUGUAGCGAACGUGACCUGCGAUUAUCACCCAAGAAAAUCCAAUUCAAAGCAACUUCGGUCUCUUUCAUGGGACACAUCCUCACGGACAAAGGCGUUGCCCUUGACCCAUCCAAAGUGAUCGUUAUACAAGAGAUGCCAAAGCCUGUCGACAGAAAUGGAGUUCAACGUUUCUUGGGAAUGUGUCAAUACCUGUCGAAGUUUUGCCCAAAACUGAGUAAGAUUGUCUUACCAUUGCGAGAUCUAACUAGAUUAAACGUAGAAUUCAUAUGGACAGAUGUUCACGAAAGCGCAUUCAACUCGGCGAAAGAUCUCAUUGCAUCCAGCACUAUUCUGCAGUACUACGAUGUCACGCUACCUGUAACCUUGCAAGUAGAUGCUUCAAAUGAAGCAAUUGGUGGGGUUUUACUUCAGAACGGAAAGUCAGUGUGUUUUACGUCGCAUACUCUUGAUUCAACUGAAAGAAACUACGCGCAGAUUGAGAAGGAGUGUCUGGCCAUCGUUACUUGUAUGAGCAAAUGCCACCAAUACCUCUACGGGAAGAAAAACAUCCUCGUUCACACAGAUCAUCAGCCACAGGAAACAAUCUUCCGAAAACCUUUAAGUAAAGCACCUAGACGACUUCAGCGCAUGAUGCUCAAGUUGCAACAGUACCAUUUCUCGGUCCAGUACAAAAAAGGGAAGGAGAUGUAUAUAGCAGAUACUUUGUCUCGAGCAGCUUUAACCAAUCCCACGGCAAUGGGGACAAGUGAAGAAGAAGUGUUUCGCAUGGAAUGAUCAUCGAUGAACCUUAAACCACCUAACUUGUCUAAUGUCACCUUGGAGCGACUAAAAGAAGAAGUAUCAAGCGACGCAACAUUGAAAUCACUUUAUGAAACAGUACUAAUAGGAUGGCCGUUAGAUAGAGCAUCGCUACCUGUAGACCUUCGGCCAUAUUGGUCUUUCAGAGACGAGAUUUCUAUUGACAAUGGUGUACUAUUGAAGUCUCAUCAAGUAAUCAUCCCACCAUCAAUGAGACAAGAAAUGUUAAACAAGAUUCACAAAGCUCAUCAAGGUACAGACAGCAGCAUAAGGAGAGCACGAGAAACACUAUUCUGGCCAGGUAUGUCAGCGGCAAUACGCCAAACCUGCUUGUCAUGUGGUCUGUGUGCACAGUAUAAAUCAGAACGACCAACCGAACCGAUGAAAUCUCAGGAGAUUCCCACACUUCCAUGGGAACGAAUAAGUGUUGAUCUAUUUCAAUUGGAUUUUAAAACGUACUUGGUAACUGUUGAUCAUUACAGUGAUUUCAUAGAAAUUGAUUGGCUAAAGAAUACGUCAGCAACGGCAGUCAUCAAUGCUAUGAAAAGAACUUUGCCAGAGCAGGAAUUCCUCGUGCAUGCGUCAGGGACAAUGGUCCACAGGUCAGUGGUCAUGAGUACAGCCAGUGAAUAUGGAUUCAAACCAGUUAAGUCGUCGUCUUAUCAUAGCAAAGGCAACGGAAAGGCAGAAUCAGCGGUAAAGGUGGCGAAAAAAUUCUGAAGAAAGCGCGGCAUGAAGAUCCCUACUUGGCAUUGCUGGCAUACAGGAACACUCCACAACAGGGCCACACGUUUUCACCUGCUCAGAGGCUUAUGAAUCGGAAACUACGAGAUAUCACUGUGUCAGUACCUCAACAACUUAAACCACAUCCUGUUUCCAGCACUGAAGUUGUGAAUGAUAUAUUGUCGCGUAGAGUCCGGUCCAAACAACAGUAUGAUAAAAGAGCAUCCCCCAAACCUUUGAAAUCGUUCUCGCGAAACCAAAUCCGAAAAAUAAACACAAACCAUGGAUAUAUGGAGAAGUCGUAAAUACGACUUCUUCUAAAUACGUCGUGUGUCGUGAAUACGGCUGUUGGACUAAUUCAACGAAACCAUAAACAGCUCCGAAAAGCUGAUGUCACACCGCAGGCUUUCCACAAAACGAACCAUGAAGAAUUGGAAAUAGUAUCCCUCCCAGACGAAACCUUACCAUCAUCAAUAGCAUUACCUACGGAAACAACCGAGGAACAAGUAACGGUGCUACCAUCUCCAGUAGUGGAAACACAGCCAGCACCUCCACGUCGUUCGACAAGAAUUCGUAAAUCGCCAGUAAGACGUAAGAUUAUAUACGGUAACGUUUAAUCCUUAAGAAACAUUUAUCUCAACUUAGUACUUUUCUUUAUAAGAACAUUUAUUUGAACUUCAUAUUAUUGUUUAGAAACUUUGUUUAUUUGAACUUUAUAUUAUUGUUUUAAAAAAAAAUUGUAAAAAAAAAGACUUUUUUAUAAGAGGAAAGGUGUUGAUAGGUUAUAAGAACAUUUAUGCUAAUGAUGCAUGUAAACAGUAUAAAUACAGUAGGUUCUUAUUAUGUAUGUUACUUAGGUUCUAGAGAAUAAUAAAGCAAUAUUAACAAUGUCAUGUGUUGAAGGUAGGAAUGUAAUUCGCCAUUUUCCUUUGGAUGGCUCGGGUCCAAAAGAGAUCCAACUUCCCAAGAAAUGCUAUGAAGUAUACAAGAAGGGAUGUGAAAAGGUCACAAAAGAAUUUAAUGGAACGUUACACGAAUGUUUUCCAAGUGUCCGACAUGUUGGCUCAACUUAAAGAUGCUGCAAAGUCCGUUUUGCGCAGGCCUGUAUUUGGAAUGCAG